UGUCUUUACAUGCACAUGUAUGUUUUGUUUCUCUCUAUAUAUACAUACCUAUGUCUACACACCACAAGGAAUUUGAUAAACAUAUCCUGAAUCAUUAUUCAUCAUUCAUAAUUUCAUCAUAUCCUUCCAUGGAAGCUUCAGAAUCACUAUCGAUUGAGAGCUUUUCGUACAGUUGGUUAGUCAACUUAAAGCCAUCUUUUGAGAGUUCUUUUAGAGCCUCCUUUGAUGAUGAUUCCAACUUCAUUGAAAUGGACCCGAAGCUUUCCGCUUCUAAAAGAUUUCUUGUUUUUCAUCAAGAUUUCGACUUUGAUCUCCCGACAUUGCAACCUAAUUGUGUUCAUGCCGAUGAGCUCAUCUCUAAUGGAAUCCUCGUUCCACUUUUUUUAAAGCCGUUGGAUAUCGGAAUGGGAAUCUAUGAUUCCGUUUCCAGCUCGACUCCGGUUUCACCGGUGUCUUCCGCCACCCAUGGCAGAAGUCGGUCUUUGCUCUCUAGAAGGUACCGAAGACUGCCGAAAAGUGUCGUCCGGAAGUACUUGAAUUUGGUAAGGCUGCUUUGGCUUAGAAUGAGAAGGGGAAGGUCCGAUUCCGAUUCCGGUUCAGGUUCUGGUUCCGGUUCCGGACCAAGCACCGGAAUUGGCAUGUCGUCUCCCAGGGAAACCGAAACGUAUUCUUCUAACAAUUGGUUAAGAUCAUGCGAUUCCGAUUCCGCUAAAAUCUUGGCAUUCGAAGGCACAAGUGAAGCAGACAAUUGGAGAAGAUCAUGCGAUUCCGAGAGUUCAAUUUACGAAGCGGUUCUUCACUGCAAGAAAACUAUUGGCUAUAAAUGAAGAGAAAGAAGAUGCGAAGAUGGUAGAACAUGUAGAAAAUUACCGUCUGAGAUUUUAUGGUUGGUUUUAGACGUGUAAAGUAUUACUAGUCUUUAGAGUAAAAAACUGUAACUACCGGUCGUCCAAAUUAUGUGAGAAAUGAUCUUUUAUAUAAAAUGCAUGUCUUAAAAAUAAAAACAUUUAUUGGAUGCCUGGUUUUCAAAUUGUCUUUGGUUUGGUCAAUCAAAGAAGUUCGACCUCCAUAACUCCAUUGUUACCUGUUUUAAGGAAAAGUCAAUAUUGAUACUAACUUUGUAAUAAAAUUGAAUAAUAAAAGAAAUCUGGGGUGGUUCUUGUUUUGAACUAGAUCGAAUUAAAACAUGUACAUCCUUGAGAAAA